AAAUGAACUGUAUUUUAGAUGUUCAGUUUGUUUGAAAAAAAAAACAUUAAAAUAAUUUCUACUCGAUAAUUGGAAUUAAAAUCGAUUGCUAUUCCUAUACUUAUCGAUGAAGUCUAUCACUUUUUACUCACUAUUUUUCAUAUUUCUUGUUGCCAAAAUCCUUUAUGUUCGCAAAGAAAUUAUUUCAUAAAUUAACUGAAUAUUUCCGUUUUUCUUUGAGUUUCAAAUUUUAUUUGCUUCUAAUCUACAUAUUUAAAGCUUUGUGAUAUUUUUUAUUUUCACCUUGAAGUGACCAGACGGACGUUGAAAAGCAGUUAAACUAUGGAUGAUAAUAAUUCCAGCGAUGACGAAUUUAGAGAAUCUCCUGCAAGUCCCAAAUCAGGUGGUAAAAAGCUUAAACUUAACGACGGAAGCUCUCAGGACAGUUUCAAGGAGACUGUUUCGAACAGCAAAGAUGAAAAUAUUGAUAGUGGAGUGUCAGCAGAUAAAUCAGAGAGCACCAGCAGUGAAGGUCACAGCGCUGGAACAUCAGAAGGGCCGUCUAACGAGUUGGUAAAUGCAGCCCCUUCGACCAGUAAUAUUCAUACGAUACUUCUGAACAUACGACGUCCAAAACGCAAUAGAAAUUACCGAAAAAGGAAGACGCCUGAGCGUGAUACUGAUAGUAAUGAUACUUCUCAAGAUUCUGAUGAUUUAUCUAGUGAAGACACUCCACAGCCAGCGAGACAGAAUGAGAAUAGUAAUUCAGAAACAGAGAGCGAUGAUCAGCCAAGAUAUAUGGAUUUGUGUGCAACAGAAUCUGAUAGUUCAAAUAGUGGUUCACAAAACUCACCAGACAGUCACACGUUUGAAGAUUCAGAUGAAAUGAUACAACUAAACUCUGGAGACACAGACAGCGAUGAAGAUGUGCCAUGGAGUAGAUUGAAUGAUGAUAAUGAUGAAAAUGAAGAAUCAGAAGAAAAUAGACAAAAAACACCAAGUGUACUUUUAAAAGCAAAACCAGAGCACAAUUAUGUGAUUUUGCAAGAAAUCAUAAAACGCGAGAUGGGAAUAACAUUUCCCUGCGGUAAAACGACGAAGACAGAUGUGAUAUUUGAACAGAAUUUCUAUGGAUCACUUCAUGCUGUAUACAGACUGGAGAAAUUGCAUCAGCUACAAAAACACAGGGGCUGUGUUAAUUCGAUAAAUUUUCACCCCGAAGGUCGGCUUUUAGCCUCCGGUUCUGAUGACACAAACGUCGUGAUAUGGGAUUGGGCCAGGAAGAAAGUGAUUCAAACUAUAAAAACGGGUCACAAGUCAAAUGUUUUCCAGAGCAAGUUUCUGCAUUUGAAUUCUAGGAGUCAGCUAAACAUAGUCACGUGUGCUCGAGAUGGCCAGGUCCGGCUGGUGCAGUGUCCGUCGAGCGGCGGCGGCGCGACCCGGCGGCGCCUCAUGGGGCACUCCCGCGCCGCGCACAAGCUGCACGUGAGCGGCGCCGAGCCGCACCGCGUGCUGUCCGCCGGCGAGGACGGGCUCGUGCUGCACUGCGACCUGCGCCACGACAACGUCAACAGACUGGUGUCGGUGAAGGAGUGCGGGCGCGCGGUGCCGCUGUACAGCGUGGACGCGCACCCGCUGGAGCCGCGCGUGCUGCUGCUGGCGGGCCGGGACCGCUUCGUGCGCGCCUACGACACGCGCCGCGCCGCCUCCCCGCUCGCGCUCUACUGCCCCGCCGCCUUCACCAGCCGCAACGGCAGCGACUCGAAGCGCGCCAAGCUGUCGAUGAUGCACCUGACGUGCGCGGUGUACAGCCACGACGGCAGCGAGAUCCUGGGCACCUACAACGACGACGAUGUCUACCUCUUUGAUGCCAAAAACGACGUAUACGAUAAGGACAGCACGAGCGCGUCGGAGGGCUACUCGAAGCGCUACAGCGGGCACCGCAACAGCGCCACGUACAAGGGCGUGUCGUUCUUCGGGCCCGGCAGCGAGUACGUGGUGUCGGGCUCGGACUGCGCGCACAUCUACGUGUGGGACAAGAGCUCCGAGGCCAUCGUGCAGUGGCUGCACGGCGACGCCAACGGAGUGGUGAACUGCAUAGAGCCUCAUCCCCGUUUCCCCGUGCUGGCGACCAGCGGCCUCGACAAGGACGUCAAGAUAUGGGCCCCCUACGCUCGCGCAGACCCCAAGUACGAAGGAUUAGAAAAGGUUGUACGUGAAAAUAGCGAGUCCCGACGAAGGAGUCCGCUGUUCAACGACUUCCUGCCGACCGUGUACAACGCGUGGCGCAGCGAGAACCAGAUGUACGCGGACGGCGACAUGUCCUCCCCGUACGGGGGGAACAUCGAGUUCGACGGAAACGUCUGCACCGCCUUCUAGGGGACUUCCUCCCACCCCACCCCCCUGUGCGUGCUGUCUGUGGACCUGUGCCCGGGAAGCUCUGCUGAAAACCACGCAUCAUGAUCACUUCGGGAUGGUUUGUGGGCGAAACGAAAACUUAAGUUUAUUGGAUGCUGCGCCGACAUGAUGGCGUAUAUGAACCCGUCUAGAGACACGGCUUUUGUAUGUAAUACUAUAAUUUGAAUAUACGAGAAGACGAUUCCUAACUUAUUGCCUCCACGUUAAUCAGCUGACGCGCAGGGUCGAUGACCCCGUACACGUGCGAUGCGGUUCAGUGCCUACGCCACAGAAUAUUAUUAACUUGCAAGUAUUUUUGCGUAGGUUAGCAAAAUAAUUUAAUUGUGUUUAUAGUUAAAAUGGUUUUUAAUGGAAUAAAGGAUAGUUGUGUAGUCUGUGCUAGACUCUUAUAAAUACAGAGGAUAAGCUAUUUGGCUUUCAUUGAACCUUCACAUUUAUAGGGUAGUCUGUGAUCGACAAUCACUAACAAUUUGAUGGAGGGCAGAGUACGGAUAGAAGUUUAGCUUUCCUAAUACUGUUGGAUUAUUUAGUUCUUUGCUUUUUAUGUAUUUUUUAUUAAAUAUCGGAAGACUUGAAUAGAAACAGCUAGGACUGCGCUUAGAGUAUCUCUGCUAGAUCUAAUCAGGGAUGACGAGAGUCGUAGGAGAAUAUCACCGACAUAGACCCGAGGGUAGCGAGUUAAAGUGGCCGUGUGGGGGGAUCAGUUGGUCCCUGAAACCAAACAGUCUCGAGCGGCCCCCGGGGCACGCAAGUCUGUCGUUGUGGCCACUUUUAAGAGAUCUAUGUCCAGCAGUGGACAUGUGUGGGCUGAUGAUAAAGCAGAUGUUCAGCGGAAUGUAGAUAAAACUUUAAAAUAUUCAGGAAAUUUGAUUUGAUUAAACACUCUUUGGGGACAUUUUUUUUCAAAGUGAGUUGUUUUUCUCUUCCCUCCUACUACUCUAUAGGCUUCCUCAGAAUACUAUGUGCUGUAAGAGAACGUGACCGGUAGAUCGGAAGUACCUCUGUCCACGGAAACAGAAUAGUCAAUGUACAGAAUUGUUUUGUUUUUAAAAUGCAUCACAAAUAACAUUCUCAACUGUUGAUUUACCACGACGUGAACAUAAAUUUGCAUUGAAGUAGCGGUUCUCGGAGUGCCUCUGCCUUGUAUAUGUAGCAGCGAAAGUGUUCACGAGUGCUCACGGUGACCAACAAUGUCGCCUGUUCUGCUGUCAGUCUGUCUGUCUAUUUGGUUGAAGCGACAUUUUAUGUAACUUAACAGGAGAGCCAUUUAAGGUAAAAAAUUUGGAAAAAAGUCAACAAAAAACUUGUUCAGCUAUUUGAAUGGAGUAGCUUAGUUGAAAUUUAAUUAAAUAUAUCGAACUAUUGAUGCUAACACCAAAUAAAACGCAGCUUUAAUUACAAAGAUAAAUGUCACUUAAACCAAAUUGUCUUUCACCGGUCGAUAUGACACAUAAAUUAAAACAUAAUAUAUGUACCCGAUUUAUUUUUAUUACUAAUAUAGGAACACCAUCUAGAUAUUUGUUUUGCAACAUCACACUAUUAAGCAUGUUUAUAUCCGAGGUGUAUAUAUACGUAUUAAUUUUAAUUUAUUAUAGUAAAAUAGAAUAAUGUAUAUUUAAAGAUUAGAUUGAAUGUAACUUAGCUUCUUUUUUUCAUGGUUAGUUGAAAUUGAUUUUAAUUUUUCUCGUACAAGUCGUUGCGAUAAAUAAAUUACUCUACGUAAAUACGUCACACGUUUAUUUUCGUUUUUUUUGUGUUUUAUUUGACUUAAACAAUUAAAUCUCGAAUUAAGAAAUACUUAAACACAUACCGUGUGUUAGUCUGUGGGAAAUUUUUAUGCGGCAUUGAAAUUUCUGUAUUUGCAUAUCCUUCUCAUAUCUUUUUCAUCAAAAUACCGGUAUUUAUAAUUUAAUUACUAAUUUAUUCGUGCAACCGUGAUUGAAUUGUAAUUACAUCAACAUGUAUUAAUAUAAAUUUGGGUUUUCAUGUUAAUCGUCUGAGGAAAUGUUCAAACGUGUAUGAAAAUUAAUUUUUACACCUUGCCGGACGUUGUCCGCGACGGAACAAGAAGUUGUGAAUUACUGUCAGUGGCUAAAUACAUCAAUAUGUAAAAGCCAAAAAGAAGAAAAAAAGAACAGCUGCCAAUGUUUAGUCUAGGUGAGUCGGAGAAGUCAUUGACCUCGCAGACGCCAGCGCCGCGCGUGUGCGGAUAUUUAGGAAACCUUGCUGUUAUUAUUCACAUACCGUCGCGUUUAGUAAUUCCCCAAAUUUUAGGGAAAAUUGAUUUUUUUAUAUCAUUUAGUGUCCCAUAAAUUCACAGUACUUAUAGUGUUUUUUUUGUAAAUUUUAUUUUUGCACUUAUUAUGUGAUGAGUCCACGAGUAGGUAGGUACCCCUGGCGAAAAAAUAACUUGCUCUCUUUCUCAGAUGGAGGCUGGAACCUUUAAACUUGCAAGUUGCCAAAAUAAUUAACGUUCCAUAAUGGAAUGCAUAAGCGAAACUUAUAAUCAAAUUUUCGUAGUUUUCAACAGUCAUGUACAUAAUUAUGUAGAUGACAUCUAUCGUUCGUGUUGAUGUAGUAUCGGCAAUCUGUAGUAUAAUAUAAAAUGCUUUGUUUAUAGAACCAUUGUACAAUAUAUCGCAUCUUUAGAAUCAUAGAGACUCAUUUCGAAAUUUUUGGAUUUCGACUUUAAUUUUUUUUUUGCCUUUGCAGACAGACUAGCGUACGUCCACCUGAUGGUAAGCGGUUACCGUGGCUCAUGGACGUCAGCAAUGCCAGGCGCAGAGCCAAGCCGCUCUUCAAUUAAAAAAUGAACCUAGAAGGACCCUUUUCAGGGUCUCUUAAUAAAUCAAAUGACCAAAAGUAACUUAUAAAGGGACAAACUCAUCCAUUUGUCUCUUUCACUCCGUCCCCUUCCUCUACACACGUCCUUUCGGUUUGAAAACUUUAUUCGAUGUUUUCCAAAAAAACAUAUUUUUUUAGUUGAUUCUCUAUAAUUCUAAAGAUAUAUGUACAAUAUUAACGACGAUUGAAUCUUGUGUGUGUGUUUCCUGCCUUAGCUGGCAAACGAGUAGGUAUAUUGGUCCCAUUAUGGUGAAUGAUAACCAUUCCAAUCCAAUUCCGGUCCAAAUUGCGGUAGGCAGCGGCUUGGCUCUGCCCCUGGCAUUGCUGAAGUCCAUGGGCGACGGUAACCACUCACCAUCAGGUGGGCCGUAUGCCCGUCUGCCUACAAAGGCAAUAAAAAAAAAAAAAAAAAAAAUUCCUUGGCAAUUGGCAUCAGCAAAGCCGGGGCAAGCUGCUGAUUACCGCGAGUCACUAAACCAAAGUUUAAUGAACGAAGAGCUUAUUUUACCCUGAUUUUAGUUAUAUGUACUAAAGUCCUUCACGUAUGUUUUUUUUAAAUGUAUUUUGGUCGAAUGUUUAAAUUGUCAAUACGCGUGACCAUUUAUGAUUCGUAAACGUAAUGCGUCCAAACCAAUACGAUUAAUAUUUAUCGACAUAAUCCCAAUAAUAUUGGCGGUUUUUUCCCCCUGAAAAUAUUCACCUGAAAAUCAAUAAGAAUUGGUUGGAAUCCAGUGUUGAUAAAAGCAAGCAGUCAGGGUCGAACUCUGGCUCACCUAUGCACAUUAAUAUUCUAUAAAGUAUAUUCAAAAAGUAAAUCGUGAUAAUUGCUUUUUUCCAAAUAAAUGCAACAGCUUUAAAAUUGACUUGCUUGAUUCUGGCGGAGUAGCAUAGACGUCUCGAGCGUCGAGCGAUAGUAUAGCGAAGACGAUUAGUGGGUUGGCCCUUACCAUCUUCGGCUACCGAAGUUACAGAUGUCUCGCGCGCCCCUAGGCACUGGGACCUCGUAGGGAGUUCGGCCUUCAGCUCGAAGAUAAAAACUACCAUCAACAUACGAGGUGGAGCGCCAUUCGUUUCUAAUUGGCGUACCUAUUUCAUAUGUUUAGUACUAAAAGCCAAAAGCACGCUGCCAUCAUGUGCGAAGUUCUGUACUUUAUCAUAGACAAUAAAAUGUUACCCUUAGUUCAAUUGAUUUAUUAGUUAUUUCCAAAAUACUCAAUGACUUAACAAAAUUAGUAGAAUAUAUAUUAAAAAAAAACUUAAAAAGUGUCUAUUAUUUUCAUAAGCAUAUCAUAAGUAGCAAUCGCUGACUUUUUCAAUUGGUUCAACCCAAAUGCCUGUGAUAUAUAAGUUCAUUUGAAAUUUAUAUUUAAAUAAAUGCUGUGUAAAGGUUUUGAUGUUCUUAUUUUUCAUAAUUUCGUUUUAGUUGUUAUUUGUAGUAAACGAAUAUGUACCUACUAAGCUAACGAGCCCAGGUUGUCAGCCGGGUAGUGGUCCCGGUAACUUCACAGCAUGAAGGUUUCAUUACUAAGAUAAGUACAAACCUUUUGAUGUUUUUCAAGUUACUAAAAUGCUAUGUUUAUACAUUUUCAUACAUCACACACAUUUUUGUACUAGAGACUACUAAUCCAUAUUAUGGGAACACAUCUUGAAAUAACAAUUAAUUUUAUUAGUCUGCGGUUACAUGAAGUUAUGUGAUCCUAAACUAAAACAAUAAAUUUAUAUUAUAAACUAACAAUACGACAAUAAUAUGAUACAGUUGUAGUAGAUGAAAAAGGCGUCAUCUUGUCAUUUACUUAUUAAUGGUUAAAAUCUCCAUUGUUAAGAUUCAGGCAGGUACGUUAACAUUGUCCUUCUAAAGUUAUUUUGUUUAAAAUUUCCUAGCAACGGAAUCCUGCAUUAAAUUCUUGAACAUAUUGUUUGGGCACUUCGAUACUUUCGGAAAUUAAAAGUUUUUACCUUGCUUUCAGAACCACCUACACAUAUUCCGCCUUUUGUAUGUACAUUUAAAUACCAUUUUUAACCAUUAAUAUUGAUUUCACCCCAAAUCGAUAUUUUUACAACUGUGAAAACUAAAAACUUAAAUAUAAUGAAGAAUGUAAAUGUUAUAAGAGUGAAUGUUUCAGUCGUAUUAUGUAAAUAAAGAUGAUUAAUGAAAA